AUGUCGACACAGAGCAUCUCCCAAACCAUGACCAUUGAGUCACCACCAACCUUGACGCUGGACGACGGCUCGAUUCAGGACGUCCCUCCCUGGAUGCACGAGCUCCGAACCAGGGGUUGGACGGUUGUUCCAGAGGCCAUUUCUCGAGGAAUUGCUCUCCAGUAUGCUGACAAGGCUUAUGAAUGGCUGGAAAGUUGGAAACUGGGCUAUGAUCGUCAGGACAACUCGACACGGCGGGCUAGUCACUUACCCUAUACACACCGUGCAGGUAUCUAUGCAAGAUAUGGUAUUGCUCAUGAACAAUUCGUGUGGGAUCUGAAAUCUGAACCGGGCCUCGUCGAGAAGUUUGAGCAAAUCUGGGGCACCAAGGAGCUCCUUGUCUCUUAUGACGGCCUGAACUUGUCAAUUCCUGAGAAAGGUCGUCCUAAGAGCGACCCGGCCUUCGCUCCGUGGGCUCAUGUAGACCAGUCACCACUACGUAGCAAUCUUCAAUGCGUGCAAGGCAUUCUCAAUCUACUCCCAAAUGGUCCCGAAGAUGGUGGACUGAUGGUUUUUGACGGCUCAAAUACGCUUUACAAGGAGCUGUGGGAGAACUUCGACCAUAAAAAGGGUGAGAAGGGUUGGAAUACUUGGGAACAACAAUUCCUGGACGAGGAGAUGUGCGCUUGGCUGGAGUCGAAGGGCUGCAAAUGGGUUAAAGUUUGUGCUCAGCCAGGAGAUCUUCUCCUCUGGGACUCCCGAUGCGUACACUAUGGCGCUACACCUUCAUCGAUCAACGAUCGGUUUGCAGCUUAUGUAUGCUACAAACCAGCUGCACUCGUCUCUGAGGAGGCUAAAGCACAGAGAAAGGCUGCCUGGGAGAACAAAGAAAACACACCCCACGAUCCAGCCAUCCUUCGUCGGCUUCCUCGAGACCCUCCAGAGGACCACAAAUCUUUCAAACAGUACAAGCAGCGGGGAUUGCAACAGCCAGUGCUUUACACGCGUGGGAAGCAGCUCGCUGGUCUUGAGCCCUAUUAG